GUUUCGGUCAUGGCCCGGUUGCUGCUGCCCCUGCUGCUGCGCCCUGCAGCCCGGGCCCUGCGCCCCACAGCCCUCCCGACGCUGCGCCCCGCCGUGGCCACCGCCCCCCGCGCCUUUGGAGGCUUCCUGGGAGGAGGAAUCGCCAGCGGGCCGGGGCCCGCGUGCCCCUGCCUCCUGCAGCCUCCCCAGAGCGCGCCCGGUCUAUGCUCGUGCACGUGCGGGGGACUCCACACCGAGGGGCACAAGGCCUUUGCUGAAUUCUUGACAGAUGAAAUUAAAGAGGAGAGGAAAAUCCAGAAACACAAAUCCCUCCCCAAGAUGUCUGGGGAUUGGGAACUGGGUGUGCAAGGGACAGAAGCCAAGUUAGUCCGGAGAUUAGCUGGUGAGAGGAUCACAGUCACAUUCAAUAUUAACAACAGUAUCCCACCGACAUAUGAUGAGGAGCCACCAGAGGGACAGAAAACCCAAGGACAGCAAGAGCCUGAACUUACAUCAACCCCGAACUUUGUGGUGGAGGUUGUGAAGGACGAUACCAAGAAGGCCCUUGUGCUGGACUGCCACUUUCCAGAGGAUGAGGUUGGACAGGAAGAAGAGGAUGAGAGUGACAUCUUCUCCAUCCGGGAAGUUAGCUUUCAGCCCGCUACUGAAUCUGACUGGAAGGAUACAAACUACACACUCAACACAGAUUCGCUGGACUGGGCCCUCUACGACCACUUGAUGGACUUCCUGGCUAACCAAGGGGUGGACAACACGUUUGCAGAUGAACUGAUCGAGCUCAGCACUGCCCUAGAGCACCAGGAGUACAUCAACUUUCUGGAAGAUCUGAAAGGGUUUGUCAAGUGUCAGCAGGAAGGCCUGAGGCUGCCAGCCGUGCAGGACACCCAGAGCCCUUCCUUCCAAGAGAAUGUUAUCUAG